GCUUCGUCGACUGCCAAGUCGACAUCGCUUUAUCUCAUUCGUGUCCUCAACUUCCCCGCGAGACGACCGCAUUUUUUGUCCAACUUUUUUCGAUUUUAGUCCGGAACCACCGCGCAAAAUGGCCGAUAACGACGAUCUUCUGGACUACGAGGACGAGGACCAGACCGAGCAGGUGGCGGCGGAGCCGGCCGAGCAGCCCAAGAAGGACGUCAAGGGCACGUACGUGUCGAUUCACAGCUCCGGCUUCCGGGACUUUCUGCUCAAGCCGGAGAUUCUGCGCGCCAUCGUCGACUGCGGCUUCGAGCAUCCGUCGGAGGUGCAACACGAAUGUAUCCCGCAGGCGGUGCUCGGCAUGGACAUUCUGUGCCAGGCCAAGUCCGGUAUGGGAAAGACGGCGGUGUUCGUGUUGGCGACGCUGCAGCAGCUGGAACCGACGGAGAGCGUCCCAUACGUGCUGGUGAUGUGCCACACGCGCGAGCUGGCGUUCCAGAUUAGCAAAGAGUACGAGCGCUUCUCCAAGUACAUGCCCAGCAUCAAGGUCGCCGUGUUCUUCGGCGGUCUGCCCAUCCAGAAGGACGAGGAGGUGCUCAAGUCCACGAACCCGCACAUCAUCGUCGGAACGCCCGGCCGCGUGCUCGCGCUGAUCCGGAACAAGAAGCUGAACCUGAAACACCUGAAGCACUUCAUCCUGGACGAGUGCGACAAGAUGCUGGAACAGCUUGACAUGCGCCGCGACGUGCAGGAAAUUUUCCGCAACACGCCGCACGGCAAACAAGUCAUGAUGUUCUCGGCCACGCUCAGCAAGGACAUCCGGCCGGUGUGCAAAAAGUUCAUGCAAGACCCCAUGGAAGUGUACGUGGACGACGAAACGAAGCUGACCCUGCACGGCCUCCAGCAGCACUACGUCAAGCUGAAGGAGAACGAGAAGAACAAAAAGCUGUUCGAGCUGCUCGACGUGCUCGAGUUCAACCAGGUCGUCAUCUUCGUCAAGUCGGUCCAGCGCUGUAUGGCUCUGGCCCAGCUCCUGACCGAGCAAAACUUCCCCGCCAUCGGCAUCCACCGCGGCAUGGUCCAGGAGGAGCGCCUCUCGCGGUACCAGCAGUUCAAGGACUUUCAGAAGCGAAUCCUCGUCGCGACGAACCUGUUUGGGCGCGGCAUGGACAUUGAGCGCGUCAACAUCGUGUUCAACUACGACAUGCCGGAGGACUCGGACACGUAUCUGCAUCGGGUGGCGCGCGCCGGGCGGUUCGGAACGAAGGGGCUGGCCAUCACGUUCGUGUCGGACGAGGGCGACGCGAAGAUCCUGAACGAGGUGCAGGACCGGUUCGACGUCAACAUCACCGAGCUGCCGGACGAAAUCGAUCUCUCGUCGUACAUUGAAGGACGAUAAGCGACGUGACGCGACGCGCGCUCACUCAGCAAAGAUUCUUUUCUAGUUUGUAGAACUACCAGCAGCAGCAUCAUUUCUUUUUUAAACACACUCACAAAAUGGUGACUCCAAAAAGGCCUGGUUGUACGUCGGUUUUGCGGUGUACAAAAAAAGUAGGCGACGAGUCACCCUGAUAACCAACACACUCUCAACAACUUUAGCUUGGUAUGGUUUGAAAAGAAAAAAUAACAAAACAAAAGAAAAACGGAAAUUCUACUGCUUUUUUACAGUAGGUGUUUAUUAUUUUUAGCGAUGAUUUUUUUUUCCAAAUAAAACAAAAAAAGAGAAAACUGCUAUUAAUUCUCCAAACUCCCAAACACUUAUAAGUAUUGCGACUAAAAAAAAUGGAUAAGUAAUAAAAAUAUAAUUCGAAGAAAUUGUAUGACGUGGAA